UCUUCCUCAGGAGGAGCUGCCGCCGCCUCCUCCAGGUAGCUGUACAGGCAACACUACUUCCUUCUUCCAGAAUCCUGAUUCCCUAAAUCCUCUCCUGUCGGGACACCUGAGAUGCCCCGUUAACAUUUCGGUGUGACCCUUUCAAAUUCUGAGAUGAACGGGAAGUGGACAGUGAAACGAUUUCUUCUUUUAUCGUUUUCAGUCUCCCACUUGUUAUUUGAAGGAAGUCAGAGUCGACUUUCAGUGGCAGAGGGAAGAUCACAGAGGAGGGCUAAUGCACUUCGGAGGAAACGGGAUCUCCUUGGGGAGGAGACAUAUAGGCCACUGCUGUCAGAAAGUACACUGUCUCGCAGCAUUUUGCACAACUACACAACCAGGGAUGAAUCUUCGGAAUAUUGUGGCUGUCUUAAUGGAGGUUGGUGUCAGGAGGACGGUGUGUGCGACUGUUCCCAGUUUCAGGCACUGGGAGACCGCUGCCAGAUCAUAUCUAACCAGGGUCAGGACAGAGAUGGAAUCUGCAGGUCGUGGGGUCAGCACCACUUUGAAACGUUUGAUGGUAUCUACUUCUACUUCCCUGGAACCUGCUCUUAUAUAUUGGCUCAGGACUGCCACUCAGCUACACCUGAGUACACAGUGUGGAUUCACAACAGCAGAGCAUGCGAGGGGAGUGAGUAUUCAUGUCCAAGAGCUCUUAGUUUGUUCUUCCCAAACGAGGAGGAGAUCCAUAUCUCUGGAUAUCAGGUCCACCAGGGAGGUCGCAGGCUAAGUUUGCCUCAGACUGUAGGUGGGGUGUUUAUUGAGCGACUGGCUGAUUACCUGCUUGUGAAGAGCGUGUUUGGCUUCUCUCUGGCCUGGGAUGGAAGCUCAGGUGUUUACCUGAAGAUGAGCGAAGAACACCAAGGCACUCCUUGUGGCCUGUGUGGGAACUUCAAUCACAUCGCUGGCGAUGACUUAACCACUGCUCGCGGCAUCCGAACAGAUGAGCCUGCAGUGUUUGCUAACAGCUGGACGGUGGACCUCCCCCACGAGAGAGCUUGUCCCUCCGUCGAUCUGGACUUCAGUGGUCCUUGCCAUUCUGAAUCAGACAUGGAUGAUGCAAUCGAGAAAUGCAGCGCCCUUCUUUUCUUUCCAUUUCUAUCCUGCCAUGAAAACAUUGACCCCAAUCCUUUUGUGGCUAGCUGUGUAUCUGACCUCUGUGUGUCUGAUGAUGAGGAAACCUUCUGCCGGGCUUUAGUUGAAUACACCAGAGCCUGCUCCCAUGUUGGAUAUCCUGUAAGAGAGUGGAGAGACAGCUUCCCAUCUUGUAAUGACGGCUGUGAGGAGAGUUUUGUGUACAGGGACUGUAUUAGUUGUUGUCCUCCCACUUGUACAUUUGAGAAAGAGUGUCUAGGAACCAACCUACACUGUCUGGAUGGUUGUUACUGCCCUGAUGGGCUUAUCUUACAGAAUGGAACAUGCAUUCCUGCCUCUCAGUGUCCCUGUGUUUAUCAUGGGACAUCAUAUGUGCAAGGGCAAGUGCUUCAGCAGGGCUGCAGUAUCUGUGUUUGCAUGGGGGGAGUGUGGAAUUGCACAGAGAAUGCCUGUGCAGCCGAGUGUUCAGUGGUAGGAGACGUGUUUGUGACAACGUUUGAUGGCAGGAUGUUUCUCCAACCGGGGGCGUGUCAGUAUGUGCUGGCAAAGAGCCGAGGCAGCAGCAAAUUCACCGUCACCCUGCAGUAUGCCACCUGUGAAGAGCAGCAGAUUUGUAUUCAGUCAGUGACCGUAGUGUUGGAUGAAGACGUUGGCCAUCAAAUCACACUGACAAGAGAGGGAGAGGUGAUAAUUGGUAUCAACCCAGCUCCCGCCCUGCCCUAUGUUGAAGAUACAGUGGAGGUGCACAGACUGACCUCUGUGUUCACACAGCUGAAAGCGACAAUUGGUUUACGCCUCCAUUAUGAUGGUCAAGGGGGACGUGUGUAUUUGCAGCUUGGCAGCCAGUGGCAUGGACAAACGUUGGGACUUUGUGGAACUUUUAAUGGAAACCUAAGAGACGAUUUCCUGUCUCCAGCGGGAAUGAUAGAAGGUACCCCUCAGUUACAUGCCAAUGCUUGGAAAGUGUCUUCUGCUUGCAUAGCUCCAGUUAAUCUCCCCAUUAUGGACCCAUGUGAGAUGAACCAGCACAACGCAUACUAUGCAUCCCAGUGUGAUGUGCUUUUGGGGGCGGUCUUUGCUCCAUGUCACGGCUACAUCAGUCCAAACCUUUACCAGCAGCAAUGCCGCUACCAGGCCUGUCGCUGUGGCAGCAGCUGUCUGUGCACUGCACUGGCUCACUACACCUACCUCUGCUCCAAACAUGGAGUCGACAUCAAUUUUAGGUCACAAGUCUCCGAGUGCGGAGUUGUAUGCCUUGGAGGAAUGCUGUACCACUCAUGCGUGUCGUCCUGCGGCCGAUCCUGUCGUAGCCUUGCCAACACUGAGACCUGCAACCCGGCUGACUGUGCAGAGGGCUGCGGAUGUCCAGAUGACCGUUACUAUGACGAAGUGCGCAGGCGCUGUGUGCAGUUGUCGCAAUGUCAUUGCUACUCCAUGGGCAGUGUGUUGCAGCCAGGGGAAGUAAUCUUCAGUGCAUCUGGCCCUUGCCUGUGCAGAAAUGGAAGGAUGGAGUGUGAACCAGAAGAAAAAGAACCAGAUAGCACAGAGGUAGGAGAGUGUCCAGAGGGAAAAGUGUAUCACAGCUGCACUGAGCCAAGAGGAGGUGUGGCUUGUGCACCGACCUGCCGUAACCUGAUGUUGAACCUCACCUGCCCACCUAACACACCAUGCAUACCAGGCUGUGUCUGUCCUCCAGGGCUUGUGCUGCACCAGGGCGAGUGUUACUAUCCAGAAAACUGCCCCUGUUCAUGGCUUGGGCUGGAAUACCUGCCUGGCCAAGUUGUGGAAACAUCUUGCUAUAGAUGUGUGUGUCAUCGGGGCUAUUUCAACUGCAGCUACUCACCAUGUCCAGCUGUGUGUACUGUAUACAGCGACAGACACUAUCACACCUUUGAUGGCCUUGAAUACGACUACCAAACUGACUGCCAGGUCUACCUGCUUAAGAGUGCUGGAGAAACCGAAGUGUCUAUUGUGGCCCAAAACAAGGACUGCUAUGAGAGCGGCAUUGUGUGCAUGAAAAUACUGGUUAUUCACGUGGGACUUACCAAGAUCUACUUCACCGACAACUCUGGCAACCCUAGUCCUGCUACUGUUGUGGGUCGGGGUUCAGAGUUUGAGCUUUGGAAGGCGGGUUACUACACCGUAGUCCACUUCUCCAGUCAAGAUUUGACUAUCCUCUGGGAUCGUAAGACGACUGUGCAUAUCAGGGCUGGACCUCACUGGAAGGGUCUUCUCAGUGGCCUAUGUGGAAAUUUCGACAGUGUGACAGUGAACGAUAUGACCACAUCCAGCCAAAUGGAAGUCAAUAACGCACAGACAUUUGGAAAGAGCUGGGCCCUGGGACAGUGUGAAAGUGACUACAUAGUUGAGCGACCAUGUGAAAGGGACUUAGGGAGACAGCCGUACGCUAAGAGGGAGUGUGCUCUCCUCUACAGUGAUGUCUUUGCACCCUGUCACAAUGUGGUUGAUGUGGCCUGGUUUUAUAGGAACUGCCUGACAGACACUUGCAGCUGUAACCGUGGGGGAGACUGUGAGUGUCUCUGUACGUCCAUUGCUGCAUAUGCACACAAAUGCUGUCAACUGGGGGUCGUGAUACACUGGAGGUCUCCCUCUGUGUGCCCCUAUGAUUGUGAAUACUAUAAUCAAGAGCUUGGAGAUGGCCCAUUUUCCAUGGUGAGUGCUGCCUUUAAUGACACCUUGUUUGGAGUGAAUCGUACCAGCAGCUCAGUGUUUCCACUUAUAAGAGAGAGACCAGGACAGUUGCCAGUUCCAGGCAUUCUGUUCAACUUUAUGAUCACUGCAGGCUUGUGGAGGAACAGGACAUCACGUGUUCCUGUGGUUUCUCUGGAAUCUGCAGAGAGGCCAAACUACUUUCUCACAGUAUCAGGUCGCAGCCGUCUUCAGUUGGAGCAGUGGAGUCGAGGACCAGAAUUUGGUCGCAGAGCCACCUUCAUCCAGCACCAGGGGCUGUUUCUACCUGGAUACACCUCAUUUGAACUGGUCAGCCACCCUGGAACCUUUCUGACGCUCACACAUGGAGCAGCUCGGGCCCAGAAAUACAGCACCUCAGAGGGCUUCAAGGCCAGCAGCAGCUUCACACUAGAGGACAGUCCUUUUAUAAUACCAUACCGCAUGAUGUGUGAGUGGCGUUAUCAGGCUUGUGCGAGUCCCUGCGUCCACACAUGCAGUGAUCCAGACGCAACACGCUGCCAGUUCCUGCCUCCUGUGGAAGGCUGCUUCCCUCGUUGUCCUAAGAACAUGGUGCUGGAUGAAGUCACAAGACGCUGUGUCUACACAAAGGACUGUGUUACCUUUCCCUCAACUCCGACACCCUUUGCGUAUGUAACUCGUUCCAACCGAACCACUACACCACCAGCAACCCCGACCUCAACUCCUGCAAGAGCAACAACAACCUCCUCCACUACUGUUAGUCCUACAACACCUGCCCCCACCACCACCUCAACAACUGUUCCCACCACAACAUUAACCACUGAACCAGUCACUACUCUGCUUACAUCUCCAACUGUAUCACCAUCUCCUUCUACAACCACUGCUGCUUCGACUACACCUGAGACUUCAACCUUGAGUACAACUAUAAUGACUCCCAUUCCAACCACAGAGUCUCCCACCACAGUGCCUACUACAGCCCCUCCUGUCACUCCUAAGGUUACCACGCCAACUACUCCUCCUCUGACCACCCUGCCACCUACGACCACGGUCAUCACAACUGUCCCCACCACAACUUUACCUGAAACCACCACCACACACACAACUACUCUACAACCAAACGAGACAACCCCCACAGCGAUUUUCAUCCAAGUGGAAACAACCACAGUGCUUCCUUCUACUGAGCCGCCCACUGUUCCCAGAACAGAGAUAAACACAAGCCCUGACAGGUCCCUUGUAACAGAAGAAGUAUCAACCAGGGCUCCAUGGCCCACUGGUCCAUGCACACCCCCAUUCUCCUUUCGUAUUGAUGAGUGUGCUGAGCUCAUUUGUUUUAAUGGAGAGCUGCUCUUUCACAACUCCUCUCUUCACUGCCGCUACAACACGGCCCCACCUCAGUGCAGUCUGCUGGGCCUGCCGAUCCUCAUCAACACAGACCCCUGCUGUCCUCUGUGGCAAUGCCCAUGUCGCUGCACUUUGAUGUCAGACCUGCGCAUAAUCACAUUUGAUGGUAAUAACGUGGCCUUGUAUGACAAUGGCUCAUACAUCUUAGUGAGUCUGCCAAGAGAGACUAUUAUUGCCACGGUGGAUAAAUGUCCAACCAGUCAGAGUGUAAACUCCAUCAGAAGACCUAGUCCUACAGGUGGAACAUCUGGUCUUUGUUUUAAGAAGCUGAACAUCACUACUUCCAACUACAGAGUCAUCAUCAACAGACUUGAUCGCAAGGUGACGGUGAACUACAGACCUGCGAAGCUCCCAUUCUCACGUCAGUCCCUUUACGUGGAAGAUACAGGGAGCAUGUACCUAAUCCACACACCUGGCAGCAUCAGUAUACAGUGGUAUCAUAGCACAGGGAUUAUGGUGCUGCAGUACAACGCUCCUAGUCAUGAAUUUGUGCCCACUCGUGGCCUUUGUGGUUGCUGUGACGGGAAUCCAGAAGAUGACCUGAAACUGCCGAAUGGCACGGUGGUCAGGGAGGUAGGAGACAUGAUGCUCUUUCUGCAGGCGUGGAGAGUCCAAUUGACGGAUGAGACCGAACACACACGCAGGGUUGGAGACAACUGCACCACAGGGGACUGCUCCACCUGCCUCUCUAUGCUUAGCCAAAGAGCCUUCACACCAUGUCAUAGCAAGGUGCCUCCAGAGCAGUUCUGUGACAUCAUGUGGGCGGGAGAUCUGCAUUACAAGCAUCACCAGUGUGAUUUUCUGGCAGCUUACGUAGCAGUUUGCUACACACAUCAAGUCUGCAUCAGCUGGAGACGACACAAUUUCUGUCCAUUACGUUGUCCGCCUGGUAAAGAGUAUCAGCCCUGUGUGAGCACCUGCAACAGCCGCACUUGUCUGAACAAAGACUACUAUGAGGAAACCACCUGCUCUUUCAUCAGGGAGGAAUGUGUGUGUCGCAGUGGAACCAUCCUGCACCGAGCUGACUCCCCCUACUGUGUCACAGAAGAUCAAUGUGUCUGCACAGACAACGAUGGUAACCCUCGGGCUCCUGGCGAGGUGUGGAAUGGAUCUGCUCGAAGCUGCUGUCUGUACAAGUGUAUGGAGAAUGGAUCUGUGGUGGCUGUUGAACCAGACUGCAGUGCAGUCCCAACACCGCUUUGUGAGAGGGAGGGGGAGUAUGUGCUGGAUGUCCUGGAGGAAGGAUCCUGUUGCCCCAAGAAGAUCUGUGAAUGCAACAUGACCAUAUGUGACAGUGAAGCUCCGCCUUGUGAUAAUGGAAACAGGCUGGUCAUUGGUUACAGCGCUCUGUCCUGCUGCCCAGAGUAUCGAUGUGAGUGUGACCCCAUGGCAUGCCCUCCUGUCUUUGCUCCUGACUGCAGGGAAGAUCAGUUCCUCAUUGAAGUCAGGGGUCAGAAAUCCUGCUGCUACUCUUAUCUUUGUGUGUGUGAGUCAUGCAUUGAGCCCAUUCCAACUUGCUCUCAUGGAGAAAUUCUGGCUGUCAAUCCAAACUCCACCAACAGCUGUUGUCCUCAGUACCAUUGUGUGUGUGAUGUUAAUCAAUGCCCUAAAUCAACCCUGACCUGUGCACCUGGUCUCUCUUUGGUUGAAACUGCUGCUCCCGAUGACUGCUGUCCCCAGCAUCACUGUGAAUGUCAAUGUGAGGACCAUGCUCUCCCUAUAUGUCAACUGGGGGAGAUGCUCGUUGAAGUUCCAGAGAGCAGCUCCAGCUGUGGAUGCCCUCAGUAUACAUGCCAGAAGGCUGAAGUGUGUAUUUUCCAAGGAGUUACAGUUCUGGGUCCAGGCCAGUCCCUGGUACAGUAUUUUGAAGGAGAACUGUGCUACACUGUUCAGUGUCUCCCUUACAAAGACCCACAAACAGGCUUCUAUGCAAUGGAUAUAACUUCGGUUAACUGUUCCCAAAAGUGUGGAUCACAUCAGGUGCACGUCCCUUCUACGGACCCUCAGGUGUGCUGUGGCUCCUGUAAAAACAUCUCUUGUACAUUUACCAACGAAAAUGGGACAGCAGAGCUUUUCACUGCAGGGAGCUCCUGGGUGGAAAACUGUACACGUUACGACUGCAUUGAGACGGCAGUUGGGGCAGUGAUCCUUGCAUCUGGUGUCAUCUGCCCUCCAUUUAAUGAUUCAGAAUGUAUUCAGAGUGGGGGCGUAGUUCAGAGCUAUGUAGACGGCUGCUGCAAGACAUGUUCUGGAGUGGGUGUUUUACCGUUUACAGUUAAACCCAUAACACCCACUGGUAGUACUAACUGUGACACAGGUAAAGAGGAUGGGAAGACAUGCAAGCGUGUGGCCAUCCGGACCACCAUUAGAAAAGACGACUGCAGGAGCAAUGCACCAGUUACAGUUUAUUCAUGUGACGGUAAAUGCCCUUCUGCCACCAUAUUCAACUUUAACAUCAACAGUCACGCAAGAUUCUGUAAGUGUUGCCGUGAGAGUGGACUACAAACCCGGACCAUCUCACUGUACUGCUCUCGCAAUGCCAGCAUGGUGGACUACAGUUUCCAGGAGCCGCUGGAUUGUUCUUGUCAGUGGAACUAGAAAUAUGAAUAAGAUCAUAAUAAAUUAGAAGAAUACAAUCACAUGAGGGGUCUACGGGGAGUGCACUUGGAUGAUUAUUGCAAAAUUGGUCAAGCAUGAAAAAACAGCCAUGUUCUUUUUUUCUUAUUUGUAUUUUUAUAUAAUUUACAUUAUAAUCGCUUUGACAGAAAAUACUGAAGUAGAUGACACUUUAAAUAGUUUUGUCUGAACUUUAUCUGCCUAAGAUCUGCUGUGCCAACCCUGUCAGCUUCCUAGUGCUUCCAGCUGAUGGUAUCUUUAAGUCAUAUUACUGUUCUGUAUAUAAAUGGCUGAUUUAAACAGCAGUUUCUGCUUUUUAUGUAUGAAAUAUAUAAAUAGCGUUCAGACUAUAAAUUGGCAUUUGGGUUGCAUUAUCUGAUAAAGGAAGUUUUUUUGGAUAAAAUCCCUAGGAAAAUUAGAUAUUUUCUUUGUUUUAGAUAAUU